AUGGCUAUAAAAGGUUCUUACGGAACUGUGUCCCUGCUACAUUCCCUCGGUAAUCCGCAACGCACGCAGUUGCGCACAAUGAACAUGGCCACUGUCACCUGUGCAUCCCCGCAGGGCUGUGCUGACAGUCUACAACCGAGCUCAGGGCUUCAACACAUACUUGUAUACAUCGAGCUUGACUAA